GAUUUCGAAUCAUCUGUUUGAUUUCCUAAUCUAAAUAGGCAGAAGCCUGAAAAUCAGAUCAAAUGAUCUAAUUUAAAAAAAACUCUUUGGAUAACUGAUCAAAAUCAAGAUGUCUAAUAACGACUGUAAACGAAUUAACAAUUUCCAUCAAGCGAUUCUUGACAAACGUGAUGAAAUAGGAAAAAAAUAUAGAAAGAAGUUAAACAUUAUGAUAAAAAGAUUAAAAAGAGGUGAAAAGUCGGAAACUGAUAAGGAAAUACGAAAAUCCUUGUCGAAAUUAAAAAGCAUUGUUCUUGGAAAGAACAUAGAAUCAAUCUUGAAAGGUGUCUCGUUAAAUGAUUUGAAUAACAUUGAGAAAACUUUUGAGAAACUUUUUAUCACUUAUGUCGAUUAUAACAUUGAUCUAACAUUAGAAGAUUCUCAAGAUGAAAAUUCUUUGAACACAAAUGCAUCAUCGAAUUCAAAAUCUCAAGACACAUCAUUGGAAACCAUUCAAUGUGUCUGUGAAUCUUUGGAUAUUUUCAAUCAUUUUCCAGAGAAAGAGUUUCUAUAUGAAACUCCGAAAAGAAUCACAGAAAGAUCAGAUUCUGACGGGCCUUUCAGAAAUUUAAGAAGUAAAUCAAUGGCGAACGAUGAAGGACCAUUUCAACGUGGAAAACCUUCCCCAAUAAAAAUUAAAAAAGAAACCAAAGAUUAGUGAACUCUCUUCGAAGUUUAUUAGUUACUUAAAAAAAGAAAUGCCUUUCUUUUUAUUUUUAUUUAUUGUUUUAAUCAAUAGUUACAAUAUUUAUAUUCCAUAAGAAAUUUAAAUCUAAAACUGUGUUUCUUGUUCUUCGCUAUUAAUUUUUUUUCUCUGUUCGUGCUGCAUCCAAAUAAAAAAUAAAAAAUGUUUUCAAAAUCCUGAUAUGAGAUUUUUUUAAUGUGCAGAAAAAAAUUUAGAAUUUGCUUCAAAUUAUCAUGAAAAGUAUCAAAGCGAAUUCUCUACUUAUGUGGUAAAGAAAAUUGGGAAUACAUCAGCAAAUGAAACUAAAUAGGUUGUUAAAUGAAUUAAAAAGAAAAUCAACAAGAUGAAACCAGCAGUAUGGGUCGAGGAUUAAGAUAGAAAUUUUUUAAAACUUAAAUAAGAACAAUUUAUUGUUUCUUAUGAUCAUCGACUUAUUUUCCGUUGCUUAUUGUUUUAAUUAUGCUUCUUUAGCUUUUCCCUUAGCUUUUCCUAUCUAUUAACUUGAGCGAUAAAUAUUUCAGUUGUUCAUGAUGAUGAUGAAGGUUAAUUUAAGAAUGAAAUUGAACUUAGUUUUAGAACAAUUAAGCUAUUGGAAAGAAAAUGGUUUGAAAACUCUAACUAUUUAUGUAUCUCAUUGAAAUUCAGCGAACUAGAAUUAGUUAAACAAUUACUAACUAUUCUCGUUUCGUUUCUCGUAUAGCAGCAGCUUCCUUCUUAUGAAUUCUAUAAUUUAUGAUGUAAUUUGACGACGUUUACUGACAUUUAUCUGAUGAUUUAUUAAAUAGUUUCGGAUUUAUACGGAUGUUGAAAUGAAUUGUUAAUUUAAUCGGUUUAUUGAGAUGCAACAUUUUUCUUUGAAUUAAAAACUAUAUGUAAAUGAAUAUAAGAAGUUAAAAUAUUUUUCUUUCAAACUUUUUGAAAUAUCGUAAUAUGAAUAAGAAAUGAUUUGUUUGUAUAUAAAAGUUAUUGAUUUCUCUUCACUAAAUAAUUAAUUAAAUUAGUUUAUAUUUAUAAAAUAACGCGACUUAUAAAUGAAUAAAGGAAAGAAUGGGUUGGGGGAGAUAAUAAUAAAAACUAAUAUAAAAGAAUUAGUUUCAAAAGUCAAUUAGUUACAUCAUCAAUUUGUUUCCUUUUUCAUUUCCAUUUCUUUUCUUCCUUUUUUGUUUAAUAAAUAUUUGCACAACGUUCAUCAUCAACUUUAUUUUUUUCUUUUUCUCAUUUUCAUUACUUAACUCUCUUUCUCUUUCACUUUGUAUUU